AUGAAAUCAAUAGCAAGCUCUUCCAGCUGCUUAUUCCGAGGCAUUGCCUCCUCCAGCUCCUCCUCCUUCUCGUCCCACCUCGUUGCGAGCACCAUAUCGACGGUCACCAGAACACAAGACAGAGCCUCACAAACGCGACAUAUAUCGAGCCGCACCAACCAGAAUCCUCCGCAAGAACUCCAACUUACACUAGCCCUGAUCAAGCCGUCAGUAUGCGCCUACCAGCCGGACGUCUCGGCAAUCCUCAAGGAGAUCAAGCAAUCCGGACUCAACGUUGCCCGGAGCCGUCGUCUAUUCUGGACAUCCACCGACGCCCAUGCCUUCUACUCUGAGCAUCGGGGCCGCUUCUACUAUGACCGUCUCAUCCUCGGCAUGAUCUCCGGCCCUUCGCUCGCUCUCGCGCUCUACGGACCCAACGCCAUCGCCCGCUGGCGCACCCUCCUCGGCCCCACAAAAGCCUACAUGUCCAAGUACACCCACCCACACUCCCUCAGAGCAAGGUACGGCAUCGGCGACACGCGCAACGGCUUCCACGGCUCCGACUCCCCCGACUCGGCCAGCAGGGAACUGGGGCUCGUGUUUGACGGCUGGGACACCAACUGGUGGCUGCAGAGGGAGCAGGGGAAACUGCCGACCGACCAGGAUGGUAAGCUCAACCCGCUGGGCUUUUGA